AUGGGCUCAACUUCUGAUAUCCCGACCCCAGGACGGACUAUCGAUGUUGAACCAAGAGAUCUCGAGGCUCAGGCUGUUCAAGGUCAGCCUAAACGAUUCGCCAAUAUACGAUAUGCAGUUAUGAGUAUAUAUCGUCGGCUGUUCACACUGGUUUUCUUCGCAAAUAUUGGAGUCUUUGUCUGGAUCAUGGUCUCGGACCGCAAACUUGUUGCCCUGGUCAAUGCAACGGCUGCCAACCUUCUCGCAUGUGGGCUUGCACGUCAGCCACUAGUUGUCAAUGCUAUUUUUUGGGUGGUGUGUUGCAUUCCUCGGUCGGCACCGUUUGUCUUGCGCCGUUGGGCGGCCAAAGCCUACCACUAUGGUGGCGUGCAUAGCGGUUGCGGGAUAGCAGCCUUGGUCUGGUAUCUGGGCUUCAUUGGCCUGAUCUCGCAGCAGUAUUGGGGGCCAUCUGCACCCACAGCUGAUGCAUCAGCUGUCAACUUUUCAGCCGCUCCCAUCACGCUGGCUUACAUCAUCCUCGUGCUGUUGGUGGCGAUUCCCGUUGUGGCACACCCCACGUUGCGGGCGAAGCGGCAUGAUUAUUUCGAACUCACCCACCGUUUCUCGGGGUGGCUGGUCAUUGCGUUGUUUGUUGCGCUCUUGAUGGUGUUUGCGCAUGAGAUCACGCAAGCCGAGGGUCUUGCAUUGGGUUAUUUCCUUCUCAGAUUGCCCGCCUUUUGGUUCCUGGUGGUCACAGUGAUCGCCAUAGUUCAUCCAUGGUUGUUGCUGCGUAAGGUGCCGGUACGGGCCGAGGUCCUUUCCACACACGCCGUGAGGCUGCAUUUCAACUAUCGACCCACCUCGUUCGGCAAAGGUAUCUCUCUCUCAAGACACCCUUUGCGUGACUGGCAUGGCUUUGCAACGUUUCCCGAUCCCACACCAACGGACAAGAAUGAAGCCCCGGGCUUCUCUUGUCUAGUUUCGAAGGCAGGGGACUGGACCACCGACUGCAUCCAGAACCCGCCAACCCAUCUAUGGAAGCGUGGAGUGCGCAUCACUGGCUUUGCAUAUGCCAUGCGUGUCUUCCGGCGAAUCAUCGUCGUGACGACGGGAUCUGGCAUUGGCCCCUGUUUAUCUUUCCUUGGAGACCACAAUCGACCAGCUCUGCGUGUGGUUUGGCAGACUCGAGCGCCACUCAGGACAUACGGUGAGGGGGUAAUGGACCUUGUACGCCGAAUGGAUCCCAGUCCGAUCGUCAUGGAUACAAACGUUUGUGGACGCAUCGACAUGGUUCCCAUUGUACAGCGUCAAGUCCAAGAGUUCGAUGCCGAAGCGGUGUGCGUGAUCAGUAACCCCAUGCUGACACGCCGAAUUGUGUAUGAGCUCGAGGUGCGCGGGGUCCCAGCGUUUGGGCCGAUUUUCGAUUCAUGA